AGGUGGGGCGAGGGGAGGGACCAGGGAGGAAAAAAAAAUCCAUGGGUUUUAACUCCGCCUACUUAACAGAAGGUGCGGUGUAUAUAUAGUGAGAAAAAACACCGAAUGAAUGAGAUAUCAUCACCGACACUUCGAGAAGACGUACCUAAAUCAUGUGGGCCUCCAUUAUCUUAGCAUCUUUGGUAGCAGUAUCCUCGGGGAUUCCUCAGUACCCGUCUCCUCCUCCCCCACCGUACAUAGCUCCGGCUCCCGCUUGCGACCCUGUUACUGUCACUGAAACAACUACUGAAUAUGGAGAAGUCGUGGAAACUACUGCAGUCCCUGUCUACACUACCAACACUCUUUAUGAAACCGAAGUUAUCACCCAGUUUGAAACGGUAGUUGAGACCGAUUUCGUCACCGAAACGGAGACCAUCUACCAAACGGAAACAGAAACUGAAGUCAUCCCUACAACUAUUGUUGAUACUCAGACCACUUACCAGACCGUCUUUGAGACUGAGACAGAACAGACUUAUAUUACAGAAACUGAAACUUCAGUUCAAAAGCAGUACAAAACUGUCUGCCCAAACAAUUCCUAUGUUAGUUACUAAAUGACCGUACAUAUUAAAAUAGUCAUAACCCAAGUUUUCUUUCAUUGUUCUGAAAAUAGGAUCUCCAUUGAAUUAUUAGUUUGGAAAUUAAGUUGAUAUACUUAUAUAUGUAUACACAUGCUGUAUCUGUUUAGUUAACUCCAACAAGUAUUCACUUAAGUUUAUGUAUGUGAGAAAGUAAAGCAUGUAAAGAAUUAUUACCAUAGAAAAUAUUAUAUAAGCAUAACUGUCCUGCAGUUAUCUUGAGAUUUUACCAAUGAUUAUGUGAUAAAUACUUUGUAUAUAGCUUGAAAAAAUAAUAAAUAUUUAAUGUUGA